AUGUGGCGCGGCGUUGGGAACGGGGGAAACCCCGCUGGAGCCUCUCGGGAGGGCCGGCGGCCGCAAUGGCGCCUUCAGGAAAGCCGCCUGGUGCCUGCCCGGGCCAUGCCGGCGGGGCCAGGUCAGGCCCGACUGCGCCGUGAGGCGGCCGCCUCUGUCCAGGCGAGCGGGCGCUCAGAGCCUGGCAGGCCGGCCCCGGCCGCCGCUCUCCCGCUCCCCGCCCGGCGGCACCGCCCCGCCGACCGCACGUGGCCGGGCCCGCGACGCCGCGGCGGCUUCGCGGGGCGGCGGGGGAUGGAGCGCGGCGGAGCGGCUGGGGCGGCGGUGGCGGCGGCGGCGGCCCCGGGAGCGCGAACGGCCGAGGGCGCGGUGGGCGCUUGGGCGGGAAAAGAGCCUCUCUGCCGCCGCGUCCCCGAGGGCGCGGGGAGAAACGCCUCACGGGCGCGUGCACGGUUACUUUCCCCUUACCCGUGCUUCGGGAAAGAGCGAGCCCUGAGCAAAUUAAGGAUUCCCAACCUCUAUCCAUCAAGCCAGGUAGAAAUAGUUCAAUCCAAUGUUGUCUUUGAUAUCAGUAGCCUCAUGUUGUAUGGAACCCAAGCCAUUCCUGUGCGCCUUAAAAUUCUGCUAGAUCGGCUUUUCAGUGUUCUGAAGCAGGAAGAGGUGAUACAGAUUCUCCAUGCUCUGGAUUGGACACUACAGGAUUAUAUACGUGGAUAUGUGCUACAGGAUGCUUCAGGAAAGGUGCUGGAUCACUGGAGCAUAAUGACCACUGAAGAAGAAUUGGCUACUUUGCAGCAGUUUCUUCGUUUUGGAGAAACUAAGUCCAUUGUAGAGUUAAUGGCAAUUCAAGAGAAAGAAGGGCAAUCAAUUAUAAUACCACCACCAACUGCCAAUUUGGAUAUUAGGGCAUUCAUUGAGAGCUGCAAUCAACACAGUCCUAAUUUUUCUGCUUCCUUGGACAAAAUGAGUCCCACCAACAUUCAUCCCUUUGAGAAUAUCGUAAAUAACAUGGCUUUCAUGCUGCCAUUUCAGUUUUUCAGUCCAGUGCCUCCACCUUUGAUAGGUUCACCACCAGAAAGACAUUUGAUUGAGCAAGGUCAAGACCAUAGCAAUGAAACUAAACAAGAUGUUCAGAUACCAUUUUCUGAAAGCAGCUUCUUAACUUCUAGUUCUGCACCAUUUCAAGUUGAAAAUGAGAGGAGCAUAAAUGGUCCAGAUGUCACUACUAAAACAGAAGAUGAUGCCCUUUUAAGUGAUUCCAGUUCACAUAAUACAGCAGCAAAGCUUGAAAUGACAUCACUGUCUCCAGAAAACAAAAUGAAAUCUAUUGAAAAAAAUGGCGCUGGGCCAAGGAAAGGGCGUGUUUUCUGCACUGCAUGUGAAAAGACAUUUUAUGACAAAGGUACUUUGAAAAUACAUUACAAUGCUGUUCAUCUGAAGAUAAAGCACAAAUGCACAAUUGAGGGCUGCAAUAUGGUAUUUAGCUCUUUGCGUAGUCGAAAUCGUCAUAGUGCAAAUCCUAACCCCAGACUCCAUAUGCCAAUGAAUAGAAAUAACAGGGAUAAAGAUCUAAGAAAUGGUUUGACCAUUGCUGGACCUGGAGAUAGUAAAAGGACAGAAUUUACAAUUUUAACUCCAGAUAGCAGAACUAUUACCAGCUAUGCCAGCUCUUGUACAGAUUCAAAGGGUCAGGCUGGAUUUCCCAGUAUUGGACAGAAUGGUGUCCUCUUUCCAAACCUGAAGACAGUACAGCCUGUUCUUCCUUUUUAUCGCAGUCCAGUCACACCAGCUGAGCUUGCUAAUACUCCAGGUACUCUUCCUUCUCUGCCUCUUGUUUCUUCCUCAAUACCAGAGCAGCUUGUUUCAAAUGAAUUGCCAUUUGACAUGCUACCCAAGAAGAAAUCUCGUAAAUCGAGUAUGCCUAUUAAAAUAGAGAAAGAAGCUGUUGAGACACCUAAUGAAAGUAGUGAUGUUGCCAGUUCUGAAGAUGAUACACGUCUGCAAGUGGUAAGCGAUGGAGAGCUUGAGACCUGUGAGCAUAAGAUAGAGAAGCGGGUGACCGACAGGGUGGAAAAGCACCCCCAUUCAGGUAAUUCAUGGAAAUCUGUCUCUGGGGUAGAGGGCCCAAAGUAUUUUGAAUCUGUCUUUGCGCCAAAUAACAAAUACAUCAAGGAUAUCUCUGAGAAUGAAUUGCAUCACUGUGAGAAAGCGGUUAAACCAGAAGAAAACCAACCAUUAAAAAUAGUUUCCCAUGAGAUCAUAUAUGAAGAUCCAAAACACCACCACAAUGAUGUUAUAAAACCAAUGACUGAACCCCCCAUGUAUAUUAAAGAGCAGUCAAAGCGCAGGAUUCCUAAAAAUGACUGCCCUGAAUUGCAACACCACUUGCUGACCGGGGGCUUUUUCAGCACUUUGUCAAACAGGGGUGCUGCCAUUCCUUGUUUUGAAGACUCUAAAGAUAUGGAUCAUGUCAGUCAACAUGCACUAGGGAUUCAGAAGGAAGAAAGCCGCUUUCAUUGUGACAUCUUUGAGGGCUGUAAUGCUGCUUUCCCUUCUCGUAGAAGUCGAGACAGACAUAGUUCAAACCUAAAUCUUCAUCAUAAGCUUCUGACUAAAGAUACACUGGAAUUCAACAACCAUUUCAAUGCAACAUACCUCUUGAAAGACAUGGCUAAGGAGUUUUGUCAAGAUGUCUCUUUAAAACAACAUGUUGGACAUACUUCUGUAAUCUUCAAAGGAAUGAACAGAACAGGCAGCUUGGUUUUUCCAAUGAGCAAAAUUAGAGAACCCUGUUCUGAGAGUUACGGAUACGAUCCAUUGAACGAUGGAGCUGUUCUGGAUUUAAGCACUACUUCCAGCAUUAAAUCUGAGAGCAGUGCUCAUUCUUCUUGGGAUUCUGAUGGAGGAAGUGAAAUAUGCACCAUGCCCUUGGACGAUAGUGAUGAAAGCUGUGAAGGACCCAGCCUGAUGCCCAAUGAUGAACUCUACCAAGACUGUACUUUAAUUGAGAAGGCUAAUCAAAACUUUACAAAUUUACCUUCCAGUUUGCCAAUAACUUGUCAUAUAUGUCAAAAAACUUACAGUAAUAAAGGAACUUUCAGGGCUCAUUAUAAAACUGUGCAUCUCCGCCAGCUCCACAAAUGUAAAGUCCCAGGUUGCAACACAAUGUUUUCAUCUGUUCGCAGUCGGAACAGGCACAGUCAAAACCCUAAUCUGCACAAAAGUCUGGCUGGGUCACCAACUAGCCUCCAGUAA